UUAAUAUACUCUGUAGACGGCUGUUUCGGGGGCCAAUUCCCUGCAGAGACCCGGCUGGACACGAUAACGCUGUGGCAUUUGUUCAACUCGCCAAGAACAUUAACUGAUCGUCUCCAAUUUCGCUCUUGGUUUUCGCAGAUCACAGAAAAGACACACGCAAUGAUGACCGCUGCAACAAAUACCCUCAUCCCGGAAGUUCUUUGGGCUCAACGGACCGACGAGCUCUUUGUCACCAUCAACGUCAGCGAUGUUGAGCACCCCGAGGUCAACUUGAGCGCAACGGGACUCAAGUUCACUGGCGCGUCCCACGGAAAGGAAUACUCCCUCGACCUGGAAUUCUUCAAGGAGGUCGACAUUGAGGCAUCGAAGCAAAACAUCACCGCGCGCAACCUGAGCUUCGUGAUCGCCAAGAAGGCGACCGGAGAAGAGUACUGGCCCCGCCUGACAAAAGAGAAGGCCAAGUACCACUGGUUGAAGACGGACUUUUCAAAGUGGAAGGAUGAGGACGAGGUCGAGGAGGAGGUUGCUGCUGGCGGCCCUGGUGGAGCCGGUGGAUUCGACGGAAUCGACUUUUCGCAGUUCCAAAACAUGGCCGGCGGUAUGGGCGGUAUGGGUGGCAUGCCUGGCAUGGACUUUGGCGCCAACGGAAUGGAUCUUGGAGGAGAGCAAGACUCUGAUGACGAGGAAGAGGACGGCGAUCUCCCCAAACUCGAAUCCGUCGAAUCAGUUUAAAUACUCAACCCCAAGGUUCCUGUACCCGACUGACGACCACACCCGAACCUCCCUUCCAUGUGCUCCUCUCCAACACUCGCAAAAUACAACCCCCGUGAUUUAUCCCUACAUUAUUAUCCAAAUAUUGUCAGCCGUUUCAACUCCUUUUCAAAUAUGGUGUGCAUGUAGCCCCCUAAGUACAUUUGUGACGUGAAAAAAAAUGGCAUUGUACAUACACGUCCGACCGCGAAAUCCAAUGUGCAGAACAUAUCGCAGUGUGAUAAGUUAGUGUCCUCCUUGGGCGGAAACUUGGCGAAGUUGCUGUAGG